AUGGCCUGGACGAUACCAGCCCCUACCCCUAUCCAGGAUGAGCGUGAAGUAGCGGCCGUGAUCCUGUGUAGCAUGCAGGAUCAGGGCGCUCCUCCACCCCGGAGAGAAGAUAUGGCUCACUGUACCAUACAGUUCAAAGAGGUCUUUGAGCGUAUGGUCAAUGUCUUUGUUUUACAAAAACGGCCUUCUCAUGGGUUUGUUGAUGGUCCCAAGCAGCAGACUUGGGCAUACUACAACAGUCAAAUUAAAAAGGAGGCUCCCCAUAUCAGCAAAGCCAGAUUGCAGGGCAACUUGGGCCCUCUCCUUUUGUCAGAAAAGAGCGAGGAUACCGCACUCGGUCAGCAGCGAGACCGCGUGCGGUAUAUAAGGUUGCUCAAACUCCUCGACAAGUUCAAGAACCGAAUUAAGCUGGAUCGACUGACAGAUGGCAAGUAUGUCAUCCAUACAACAUCAUUCCAUCCAUUCCACUACGACCCGGAUAAUACGCUCAUUGGGAUUGGAGCCUCGAGCACGCCAGCGGACCCAGUCAACAUCCCUGAUACAUGGGGAAACACACCUUUCGUCCCGCUUAAGGUACGUGAUGAUGAGAGCUUUCCCUCUACACAGUCAAGCGUAUUCCCUCCUCGCCGGCAUACAUAUUCACCGUCUACUAUUGAACGCUUUCUCUCUUUCUAA